AUGGCUGCCUCCGAGGACCUCAUCGACUUCAACAUUAUUGAAGCUCAAAAAGAAAACGUCCAAUCGCUCCCCGGUGGGCGUUCGGCCAGAGAACUCGCCCGCAUCUUCUCUGUGACAGCCUCUCGACCCCCCUCACCUAACGAUACACGAACACUCAACGGAGCCAUCCGCCAAGAAUACGAAAAUGAAUUGCAAGUUAUAGGAGAAUCCGACGAUCCGCUUGACGUUUACGACCGCUACGUGAAAUGGACUUUGAAUGCGUACCCUUCUGCUCAAGCGACUGCUGAGUCCGGCCUCCUCCCGCUGCUGGAACGUGCAACCAAGUCUUUUCUGUCAUCAACUCACUACAAAAAUGACCCACGAUACCUCAAGUUGUGGCUUCACUACAUUAGGCUAUUCUCCGAUGCGCCUCGCGAAACCUUUGCAUUCCUUGCACGCCAUCACAUAGGUGAGGGGUUGGCCUUGUUUUACGAAGAGUUUGCUGCGUGGUUAGAAGGUGCCGGACGCUGGGCACAGGCCGACGAGGUAUUCAGGCUCGGCGUGGAUCGCGAGGCGCGGCCGGCUGAGCGAUUGCUGCGAAAAUACAGCGAAUUUCAACAUCGAUACGAGGAGCGGCCGCAGAACGCGGGGCCAUCCUCUCCAGCUCUACCCGCUGUUCGCCCAGCGCUAGCCGCGAAGAUGGACCCCUUUUCCCUGACAGAUCCCUCUGGAGACCAACAGGCCUCUCAACCAUCACCUCAAGCGGGUGCUACGAAGACGAAAUCUGGAAAGGCAAAGAUGGCCAUCUUCUCCGAUGUCGAAGCAUCCUCUGCCGAGCAACCGGCUGCAAGCGGUACCACAAAGGGCUGGGAGAGCAUUGGAUCCAUGCGAGAUCGAAGGAAAGAAAACGAAGUCGAGGCAAAGCCGUGGGUUGGAGAGACAUUGAAGGCAGGAAAGAAAUCAGCGCCGAAAGAAAAGAUGGCCAUUUUUAGGGACGAGUCAAAUUCAAAUCCUCCUCAAGAAGAAAUAUGUGCCCCCAGGCACAUUCCGGAACACCAUGUAAGGGAAGCGGUAAACCCACGAACUGGCCGACGAGAACGCGUGUUUGUCGACCUGGAAUCAGUAUACCCCGACUACAAGAACCCUGCACACGAGGUCAGCUUCGAGGAGUUGAGGGCUAUCAAGCGAGGGUGGAUGAGCAAGAAUUGGCGGACUCAGAAAGAGCCUUUAAAGCAAAUUUCCGGAAACUCUGCUAGUGACUUGCAAUCGACACAGCCCAAAGCACCCAGUCCUGAUGAGAAUUUGCCAGAACAAUUUGACCAGAAGUUGGCCAUUGAUGAGCAGUCCCCGACGCAGGCACAGGAUGGAGCUUUGGAAGGCAAACCUGGUAAAGCGAGGAAGUUCAAGGUUCACGGGGACUCGCAGACUCAAACUGUCAAAAUGAAGUUUGACUCUCCUACAAACUCAAAGGUCCGUCGGAAGAGCACCAGAGAGCCGACAAUGACCAUGCACACGCGCGCCGCUACAGACGAAAUCUACAGCAUUUUUAAUCAACCGUUGAAAGCCGAAGAGGAAGAUGCAGCCGAUAGUUGUUUCGGCAGCGAUUACGACGAUGAUGAUUGUGCUAGCACUGCAGAUACUACUGGUCAUAUCUCUGCGACUUCAAGUGACUUUGGUGACGACGAGACCCAAACAUUUCACAAGUCGCUAGAUGAUACGGAAUACGGUGAUGGUGAUACUACUCACCCGGGAAGUGUUGUUGGAGACGAUUGGACUGAGUUCAGCGUCAGUCGAGAUGUCCCUGGCGCUGAAUUCGCAGAUGCAACGUCCCAAUCUGUUAUUAGCGAAGGUGUACCUGGAGACUCACUGCAUGGAACACCUGAAAGAAGGGGAUUCAUGCCACAGAUGCCAGAAGACUAUGCUCCGCCCUGUGGGACGUAUAGAGAUCCUGCGGUCAUGGCCCAGAACCGCCUACCCUUCAUGACCCCCAUUGUAGAGCGCACUGAGUCUUCUAUCUCCAUGACUGCUGCUCGAAAUGCUCUCUCCAAUGCUAAAACACCAUCAAGACCUCGAACACCUUCUGGUGUACCACAAAUGGGUGAUCUUCUACUGUCCAGUCCAUUGGGGGGUGCUACGCCAUACCAGGGAGACCAUACCGUGAACUCCACUGCCGAUGUUCCAUUCAGUCCCACUGCUUUCAAGGCCCUCGCCCCUAAGCAGCGUCGACGAGAGGUCAUUAUCAAGGAGGCACAAUGCAACCCAACAGACAAUGGCAUUCGCAAUACGAUUUUGAAUUCCCUGGAACCUCCGCUAGCGGCAUAUGCAGGCUAUCACGGUCAUGUUCAAGCCAGCAACUAUUCUUCCAUGAUCCAGAAAUUUGUGAAAGCUCAUAGCAGGCGAUCCAAGAGCGGCGAUGACGAAGAAUAUGACAUGCCAAUUCUCGAAUUCCCGGGCGCCGAGCGAAGCUACAUCAUCCGUCGUGAGCUCGGCGCAGGCGCCUAUGCCCCGGUCUAUCUAGCUGAAAGUGUCGACAGUCUCGAGUCCUAUAACUCUGAUUCUGAAGAAGAAAACACGCCUUCCAGCGGUAGAGACCCCUUGGUCAAGAAGUCCAACCUCUACGACACAGCCCGGUACCCAUUUGAAGCCGUCAAGGUCGAGAACGGACCUUCAAGUGCUUGGGAGUUCUAUAUGAUCCGCACCGCCCAUGAGCGCCUUCGCAAAUCCCCCGGGCAUUCGCGCGCCACGGAUAGCAUCGUCCGCGCCCACGAACUCCACGUCCACCAGCGCGAAAGCUUCCUAGUUGAAGACUAUCGCGGUCAAGGCACCCUGUUGGACCUAGUCAAUAUCCUCCGCAACGAACCCAUCUCCUCAACCCACAACAGUGAAGGCGGUCUCGAAGAAUCCCUUGCCAUGUUCUUUUCCGUCGAACUCUUUCGUACCAUCGAGGCCCUCCACGCCAACGGCAUCCUCCACGGCGACAUCAAAGCAGACAACUGUCUUGUCCGCCUCGACGAUGAAGACCCACCCACAAAGGCCCUCUCGCUGCUAGACCUCGGCACCGACGAACCAAGCCAAGAUUCCCGCGACAGCAUCUACUACUCACCAAACGGAGUCCUCGGCUGGCGAAACAAGGGCCUCGCUCUCAUCGACUUCGGCCGCGGAAUCGAUAUGAACGCAUUUACCCCUACCGUCCAAUUUAUCGCAGACUGGGAAGUAGGAACUCACGAGUGCAACGAAAUCCGCGAAAUGCGUCCUUGGACCCAUCAAAUCGACUUAUAUGGAAUUGCGGGCGUGAUCCAUGUCCUACUCUUCGGAAAAUACAUCGAAUCCUCCGCCGUCCGUACCAGUUCCGGCACGUCAACUGCAUACCGCAUCCGCGAGUCAUUGAAACGAUACUGGGACCGCGAGCUGUGGGUUGAUGUCUUUGAUUUACUUCUCAAUCCCGGCUCCGAAAAGUGGGUUUCUGUGGAAAUGGAAGCUGCAGGUGAGAACUUUAAUGGACUUGCGCUGCCGGUGUUGCAUUCAAUGCGAAAGGUGCGCAAGGCUAUGGAGGAUUGGCUUGUGCUCCAUGCGGAGAAGAAGGGGCUUGCGCUGCAGCUGAGAAAGAUUGAGGCGUUGCUUUCUGAGAGGAAAAAGAAGAUGGAGCGUUCUUGA